CUAUUCUAUUCAGCAAUUGAUUCAGAAGAGAGUGACAAAAUUUUUUGUGUGAAUCUAAUUCAAAAGCGGUAUGAUUCCAUGGAAAUAAAGCUAAGCCAAUCCUCUCUUCCAUUGCCCUUCAAAGCUUCUUCCUUUAAAGCUAACUCCAUAUACAAACACUUCAGUUUACUUCCUAAGAGGUGUAAAUAUCAAAUUCAAGAGUUUUUCUCAAAUGGUCAACACUUGAACAAUUCCAAGCAAUUCUUGGUUCAUGUGGUGAAAGAGGAUGAAACGUUGACUUCAAUUUCAAAGUUAUAUAGGGUGCCUAUUUAUGAAAUUGCUGCUGCGAAUAAGGAAAUUAUUGAUGUUGACCUUGUUUUUGAGGGUCAACUGCUCAACAUUCCUUCCUAUAUCACAGCUUGCUCGCAAACGUGUCAAAGAAAGAUGAUCAGAUUACCUAAAAUUGAUGUGUCUGAAACGAACCGGCGCUUGAAACUUUAUGGCAAAGACUUCAACCAGAAGAUCCUAUCUGUGCUUUCGUGCCGUCAUUUACCAUAUGGCAAAACCACUGGUUAUUUUCUAGUUCUGGUUCCUCUGAUAGCCUUUUGCAUCAGAUGCAUAGUGACUGCGUUUCACCAUAGAGUUGCUAGAAAUAAAUUGCAAGAUGUUCGUCAGGCAUCUGGAAGCAUGAGAUGGAAAUUAGCUCUUCGCGAUUUGAGCGAUCCAGAUGCGUCAUAUACUGAUUCAAGACCUGACAUUGAUAAUGUCACAGAUGAUCAAGAUAAUUUCCAUUCGGAAGAUCAUUCACGUGCUUAUGCUAAACUGGACCAUGAUUAUCAGAAGUUCUUGGCUGAAUGCGGGAUGAGUAAAUGGGGCUACUGGCGCGGUGGUUCAUCUAAAUAAGUAUUCUGGAGUAUGAUUGUUGCGUUACAAAUUUUACGAUUAUAUUGAUGAAUGUAUAUAGUGCAGAUUGUUGAUGAAUGUAUAUAGUACAGGUUAUUGAUGAAUGUAUCAGUUUUGCCUAAUAGCAUUGCCUAGAUGAAAUCUUGGAUAUUUGUUGGA